AUGACUAGUGCAACUGCUGCCCUGACACCUACUACCACGGCCCUAUUUGGCGGUGCCCAAACAAGAGGAUCGAGGCAUUCGCCGGAAUUCAUGAGGAGGACUUUUCCUCUUUCGUGCCCAACCACGGCCACUAGUGAUAGCUGUGCCCAUGGCUGGAGUAUUGCUGCUCAUCGUGCUCACAGACGCUCCACCCUACUGGUGUUUUCGAGGGCGGCUUCCUCUGCUUCUGCGCCCGAGACUGGCAAAGACAAAAAGAAGCAGAAGAAGAAGGAUAACUACGAUGACGAGGAGGAGGAGGAGGAGGAUAAUGUAGACGGCGUUGGCAACCCUAAGAAGGAACAGCCUUCUUCUUCUUCUUCUUCUGUUUCAGUUAUGAGGAGGCUGGACGACGUGAAUCCAGUGGGACUGGGAAGGCGGUCGAGGCAGAUAUUCGACGAGGUGUGGCGCAAGUUCUCCGGAUUGGGACAGAUCUCCAGGACGACCCGCACCGACGAUGAGGCCAGCCUUCUCAUUAGGGAGGGUGGUCCCAUGUGCGAGUUUGCCAUCCCUGGGGCCCAGAAUACCACCGUCCUCGUUGUUGGUGCCACCAGCCGCGUGGGUCGCAUUGUUGUCCGAAAGCUUAUGCUUAGGGGUUACACUGUCAAG